AUGAAUUCUCGCUCAAACCUACUUCCGGCCAUUCAAGCCCCAUCGGCGCUUGAUAUUAUCCGUUACCGUUACCACCACGCUACUAAUCUUGGCUCUGUCUAUGUCCUCGAACGAUGGCUGUCGCCUUCUCGAUUUCUUCAAGAAACCUCGGGUUCGAGUGAGCUGGAGGCUGCUAAAUCAUGGGUUGCAAAGAUUGGAGCCGAACAAACGAAGAAAAUGUUCGAGGCAGCUUGGGCAAAUGCCAUCUUAGAUGAAGACAUAGCAUGGUUGAAGGACGAAGCCAAAGGUACCACCGUCCGUCUUCCGAUCGGCUACUGGAAUUUACCGGGCGAGGAGUUCACGAGAGGGACACCCUUUGAAGAUUUUGCUCACAUCUAUUCGGCUGCAUGGACAAGCAUUCGCCAUCUCGUUUUACGACUACGAGCCCACGGUGUUGGCGUUGUGAUCGACUUCCAUGCUAUGCCGGGAGGAGCGAACACCAACGAUCAUUCUGGAACCAAUAGCGGUGUGGCAGAAUUCUUGACUUCGCCCUACAACCGCAAGCUUGGCAUUCGUUGCGCUGAAUUUGUGGCGCGAGAAUCAGCUGCAGGCCUUCAGCUCGUCGGGAUUUCUCUAGUUAACGAGCCCAACGAGGAUAGCGAAAAUCUCUACGCUUGGUACGACCAGACCAUAGACGCUGUUUGUGCUAUAGACUCCAGUCUUCCCGUGAUUAUAUCAGACGCUUGGGAUCUCAAACGAGCGAUCGACUAUUCGCUGAGAAAGAACGUGGCAUCUCCCACUAGAUCCAUCAAUCCUAUCGUGAUAGACACCCAUAUGUACUGGUGUUUCAACGACGCCGAUAAAAAGAAAUCGCCUCAGGAAAUUAUCCAAGAAGUCCCCACCAAGCUCUCAGAAUUAGAUGGCAAAGAAGGAUCCGUGACUGAUCGCGGCGCUGUCCAAAUCAUCAUCGGUGAAUACUCAAACGUUCUAUCUGCGGAUACUUGGCUCAAAACAGGCGAGACUCCGAAAGCGGAUCUAAUCAAGAUCUUUGGCGCGGAGCAAUCACUACGAUACCAGCAGCGCGCGGGAGGCGCUUUCUUCUGGACUUGGAAAAUGGACUGGAUGCCCGGUGGCGAAUGGGGUUUCAAAGCACAGUCGGAUCCUCAAAACCGGUUCAUUUUCCCUCCUCCGCACGCCUUUAUUCCUGAUUGCAACAUCUUCGGGCUACUGGAAUGCGCCCGGAAUCGCAAGGACGAACGCAUGUGGAAAGCUAUCAAUCAGCAUCGCGCAUAUCAUGAACAUCUAGCCCCAAAUAAGUUGGGCGAUCACUCGCGAUAUGAGAAUGGGUGGAGGAUUGGGUACAACGAUGCGUACAUCUUUUUCGAGGGAAAAAUGAACGACAAAGCGAUGGAAGCUGUGGAACCGGGCAACAGGCUUGGCAAUGUUGAGCUAUGGGUGCUCAAAAGGAUUCGUGAAAGUGGGUUCACGGGGGAUCUGGUAUGGGAGUUCGAGCAGGGCGUACGGAGAGGCAUUCACGAUUUCAACGCUGUUGUCGGAAUCUGA